UCUGCCGAGGGAAGGACCCCGCCGAGACGCGUGUCUCCGGGCGGUGCCUCCUCCUCCCUCCUGCUCAGUCUCCCGCCUCUCGGCGUCUCUCGUCCACCUUCCUCCUCCUCGUCCUCCUCUUCGUCUCCCCUUGUUCGUGGUCGUCGUCUUCCCCCUCCCCCUCCCCGACCCCCGGUCCACACAACGCCAGGACCCCCGGUCGGCUGCGAGCAUGGCGAGCUUGUGGAUGGGCGACCUGGACCCAUACAUGGACGAGACGUUUGUGCUGAACGCGUUUGCCUCCCAGGGAGAGAGUGUGGUCACCGUGAAGAUCAUCAGGAACAAACACACUGGCGGCCCGGCUGGGUACUGCUUUGUGGAGUUCUCGGACCAGUCGAGCGCGGAGCGGUGCCUGCACAGGCUCAAUGGGAAGGCGCUUCCCGGAUCCAACCCGCAACGGAGGUUUAAACUCAACUACGCAACACACAACAAGCAACCCGAUGGACGGGUCGUCUUCAACCCAAGGCCACAGAGGAGUCAGAGCCCGGAGUUUUCCAUCUUCGUGGGUGACCUCUCCGCGGACGUGGAGAACCACCACCUGUACAACUUCUUCCUGCAGAAAUAUCCGUCGUGCAUGUCCGGCAAGGUGAUCACCGACCUGUCGGGCAUCUCGAGAGGAUACGGGUUUGUGCGUUUUGGCGAGGAGUCGGAGCAGAGAAGGGCGCUGGUGGAGAUGCAAGGAGCGUCGGGGCUUGGCAACCGACCAAUCAAGCUCAGCCUCGCUACGCCCAAGAGUGCCAGCGGUGCUGGGAGGUCUCGGCAGGAGUACGGACAGAGCCAAGGCUACAGCUACGGGCAGUACUACCAGCCCUACCCCAACUACUACACACAGUGGGGAUACGACCAGUACACAGGAAGCUACAGCUACAGCAUGCCUCAGUAUGGCUACACCCAGAGCUCCAUGCAGCAGUGAAUGACCGCAUUUUGGAGAACAGCCUGCGGAAGGAGAUAUCAAGCAACUACUUCUGAGAACUUUUAAAAUUACCUCUUAUCUGCACGAAAUGGGCACUGCACUUUUCCACCGACUCUGCGACAGACGCAAAUGUGUGUUGCUUGACCGUCAAAAAAAUAAAGCGAAAAAUGAAAUUUAAUGGAAUAGGUUUUUUUAUUCGUGCGGUCAAUGUGUGGACGCUGCAUUGGCGAGAUGUUAAAUACCUCGCCUGGUGUGCAGGAGGUCGUGGGUCCGAUCGCAACCCUCGAUGCCUUAUUAUUUGGAGUUUGCCUGUGUAUCUCCCCGUGGUCGCAUGAAUUUUUCUCCGGGUCCUCCGUUUUCUACCUCCACAUUUAGAAAUAUGCGUUUAGAGCAUUUGACUGCAUUAAAUUUACAUGUGAUACGCCACUUAGUUCAGCUAUUAUUUGUGGCCAGGUCACUUCUGAAAAAGAGAUGUAUAGCACAGUGGACCUUACCUGGUAAAAUAAAAAUUGUUGUUUAGUUUUACUGUGACCGUGCUGAUGCCGUAGGCUCACUCCGCGUGAGAAUCCACCUGAUUCACAGGCGGCUUCCCAACAGUCAAACCCCCCAGAGGCCCUUGGCGCGGUGCUGGUUCAGUGCUGGGGUCUCUAAACCACCACCAAGCGAUCUUCUUACUCUUGGGCUUUUCCAUCUUAGUGUUGCGGAUGGUUAUUGUACCAUGAGAGGUGAUAAGCUACUCGCUGCUAUUCCUGGAAAAUGUUACUUUUCAUUCCAAGGAUAAUUCAAAACCGUUAAGCCAGGGGUCGGCAACCAACAUAACACGAAGAGACUUUUUUUCUCGAAUUCCAGUAUUUUAAAAAGAACUAUUUCAAGAACCGCAAGGCAUGUCCUUAAUAGAUAUCGAGACGGUGGUCACUUUAAUAAAUAACGUCAGGAAGAGUCCUUGAAGAGCUCCAUGCGGCUCCGGAGGUGCAGGAUGCUGACACCUGCCCUAAACCACUUGAUAACUUUCCACAAAGCCCGACAAGAUUGGAAAUGAAAACCUUUCCAAUGAGAUUUGUUUUUAAUAUAUAUUCAAAACAUUAUACAUGCUACUGCAUAAUCGUGUUUUAACGAUCAAGUUUAUUUUGUUUAAGCGGUUGGUGAGAACUCAAGAGACCAAGAUGAGACCUGGGUUGCCAAAAUGAAUUAAACAAAUAUUCAUCGUGAUGGGUGCAUGUUCAUCAGACCGAGUUUUCGUGGCCGUUAACUCGCGCAUCACGUAGGGGUCCGUUUGUGUUGAGCGUUCACGCGUUUCUGUGCGUGCAUUUAUCUGUGCAGUCGCCUCGAACUAAGCGGAGGCUCCCUUAAUGGAGUGGCUUGUCAGCUUGGAUUAUCUAUACUUUGUCUAUUGAUGGUAGUUUUAAUUAAAUGCCUUAUAAAGAUCAUACCAAUGGUUAAUGAUGAGUAUGAUUAGAGGUGUCAUGAUUCUGCCCCCUUGUCGAUCAGUGAAUGGCCGCGGUUCAUUCGGGUUCACGGCACGAUGCAAGAAUCGAUUGUCUUGGUCACGUUUUGGUGAAUGCAGUGACCUCUAUUAGCUGGAGCGGUCACGCGAGAACCCCCUUAUACGCGACAUGUCAAAAUCAAACGUUAACGCACACUCGCACGCACCCAAUCCGAUUCUUGUAAUCGUGAGCUCGACAAUCAAUAUUAAUUGUAUUGAUUGACAAUGACGACGACGAUAACGACGUUCUGUAUUAAUAACACUGUGCUUGCCUUGGGUUUUUGUUGUUGACAGUGUUAUGAAGAUCUGGGAGACGAUGCCUUGGAAGGUUAGUUUGAUGGCUUUGUAAAUAAACCCUAGAAAUCAUUGCAUGA